ACUAUGUUCUCGUGGAGAGUGGCUGUGUCUGCAAGCCCAAGUACGCAGCCAACACACUCCAGAUGCCAGUGUGGCUCCCCCUGUGCCACCAGUCUGAGCAUCCCGGCCAGCCAGCCACAAUUUGUGAUAUGGUAGUUAUGACCUGAUGAUAGACUGUGGUCAUCAGUUGCCAAAGUUAGGUAGUUUAUCAGGACAUCAUAAAGAACACUUGAAGUGUUUACAUUCAAGGGACCAAGCACUGUGAAUUCCUGGGAUGUAAAUAAUAUUAAGAUUUUCCAUUUAUUAAAGAAAUAAAAACUGUCCUGUUAUUUUGUAGUAUAAAAGAAAAAUAUUAUACAACGAAUUUUAGCAUGGGUAAUAUGACAGAGAUCUGGCAUAAAAACAUACAACUACCAACAGAAUAAAACAUUGUUUAAAUACAAGACGAUCUUAAA